AGCCUGGCCCAAGAGACCGGGGGUUCCUCGGAGGAGGAAAAGGUGCCCAUUACCACUGCGGUUCCCUCGCUUUCCCUUAUCUCGGCCUCUUGGGAGGCCCUCGUCGCCACCGCUGGACUCGCCUCGAAAUCUGGGUCAGAACGCACUCCGGGAGAGGCCCGGGGAGCAGCAGUAUCGGUACCUUUGGUUUCCCCAGUUCCGACCCUCUGGUGACCCGCUGCUUGUUGCGCACAUCUGCUGCGCGACGCUGCGGUGCGGUGGGCCACCUGGGCCUCCGUGCGGCUUCCAAGAUGUCGGCGCCCGAGGGCGGCGCGCUGGCUGCGAAGUGCUUGUGCUGGAGUUGCUGCGACGGUAGCGCCGUGGGACAGGAGGCCAGCGAGGCCGCGGGGGAUCCGGGGCAGCCGCACCUGCCCGAAUUGGAGGAGGUGGAAGUGACGGAGCGGCAGCAGGAGCUGUGGGAAAAGUUCGGCGGCUUUGAGCUCGACCCCGUGCUGGGCAGCGGGGCGGUUGUCCUGGUGGACGCGGAGUGGGUGGUGGAGCGGGCGGGCUCCGGCGGAACCCUCGAGCCGCGCCAGGCUUUGUCGCCGACUGCGUUCAUGCCCCACAGCGGGGUCAAAGCUGCCACUGAGGAGGGAGAAUUUCCCAUGGAUUUUCCACUGCUGCACAUAGCUUGUGUCUCACAUUGCUGGUUGCAGGCUAAUCACCCCGACCCUCACGGCCACAACCUGCGCAUCCUGGGCCGGGCUUUGCAGCUGCUCGCAGAUGGUUGGUUCUCUAAUUUUACUGGCCGCUGGGCAGUGUUCAUGGACUUCAUCUGCAUCCAUCAGAACUGCAGGGAUCACGGGGGUGCUCCUCGGCGGUGCACGUAUCAGCGGCUCGAAGGGUCAGAGUGUUUUGAGGCCGGCGCAAUCGGCCGCUUCGAGCGCGAGCAUGAGCUCUUCAAGGAGGCCUUGGGCAGCCUUGGGAGUUUCUACUCCCACCCUGCCACAGUCGUAUUCAUGCUGACACGGUUCACCGAUGAUUGCGACAAUCCUAGAGUAUACACCCGAUCUGGCAACACUGCACUCUAUUUCGACCGCGGUUGGUGUUUUUGCGAGUCCUCAUGGGCAAUGUUGACGAAGGUUUCCUUCCUUUUGGUGGACCUCGGACAAGCCACUGGAGACGAGAACGACUAUGUGGAGUCGACACUCACGGGCGCCGCGGGGCGGAAGGCACCCGCCUUGCCCGACGCUUUCGAACUGGAGCUCCAGAGCAAGGGCUUCACGAACGGCAAGGACGAUCGCCCGCGGGUUGCCAAGUUGUACCGUUCGGCGUUCGCGCAGCGCUUCGAGUCCGCAGAGCGGCUGGUGUACACAGGGCUGGACUGGGGGGACGAGGAGUUCAGGCAGGUGGCCGCGGUGCUCACUUCGGUCGCCCUGCCGCGCCUGCAGGCGCUCAACCUCUCCUACAACAGCAUGGGGGACGAGGGCGCGGCCGCGCUGGCGGAGGCCCUCCGGGCCCCGGGCGCCCUGCCGAGCCUGCAGACGCUCAACCUCUCCUUCAACAGCAUGGGGGCCGAGGGCGCGGCCGCGCUGGCGGAGGCCCUCCGGGCCCCGGGCGGCGCGGCCGCGCUGGCGGAGGCCCUCCGGGGCCCGGGCGCCCUGCCGAGCCUGCAGGAGCUCGUCCUCUCCUUCAACAGCCCUCCGGGCCCCGGACGCCCUGCCGAGGCUGCAGCGGCUCGACCUAACCGGCAACGACGUGGGGGCCGAGGGCGCGGCCGCGCUGGCGGAGGCCCUCCGGGCCCCGGACGCCCUGCCGAGCCUGCAGCGGCUCGACCUCCGCGGCAACGACGUGAGGGCCGAGGGCGCGGCCGCGCUGCGCGCGGCGUGGGCCGCGGGGGCGUAAUUCGAGCGCACUGGAAGCCGCCGCGUAAGCUCGCUGCGUCAUCUCGCGUACGACCCAACUAUGAUCGCCUGUCGGGGCCCCAGGGUUGUCAUUGACUUACUAACAUGCUUAGCUGUCCCUCUGACAUGCAACCUAGGGACAGAGCUGCAUGCGCGAGUAAACGCGACUACGGGAGAGAACUUGGAGGUAAUUGAGGAGUUUUAUAGCCUCAUGCUGGCCGCCAUGUCAUCUCAGGGCCUGGCGCUCGUGUCAAAUUCCAGUGUCCUCGUACACGGAGAGCCCAAGAUACUGCUAAUCACCGCCACCCAGACGACAUCAACCACAGCAGCGACAUCAGCAGUGGCACAACUCAUUGCCGACACGGAGAAAACGGCGACCAUCGAUUUUUUGUUUAUUGGCAUUAUAGCUGGUGCGGUCGUUGUUCUGUAUAGCUGUUGCGGUCGUUGUUCUGUGUUGUUGCGUUCAAGCCUUAUGUUUCUUAGGAACCACCAGCACCGGAAGUCCGAAGAGGACUUGGAGGCUGUGCCCCGAAAUGAUCUCGAGCACGGGACGCCUGAGGACAUUAUAUGGGUUGCGCCGGGGCAUCCCCAAGGCGCAACCCUCUGCCGAGCGGCGGCCCCACGCUGGCGCGCAGCUUGUCACGUGGUGGAUCGACCGGAGUAUUGCCUAGGUCAAGCGGGAUCGGAGCAUCGCCUAGGUCAAGCGGGAAUCGCAGUCCGUCGGCUGCCUCACGCAGUCGUUCGGCUGUCUCACGCUCCUCCUCCCAGGCCUCAAGGGUAGCGAUUUAGUGCUUCGUUGCGACGGCGAGAACCUCGUCGCAGCAUGCAGCACUCCAUCGCCACAAGAUUGAAGAUCUUGUACGCGAUGAAUUCAGAUCUAUAGUUGUUUUUUCCGCAGUCGUCGCCCGAUUUACAGGCUAUUCAACCGAAGACCCCUCGCUUCUUAUGUGUUUGAAGUUCAAUGAUGGUCCUUGCAGAGGUGGGCGAGUGCUGGGGCCACGGAAGCGGCGACGACGACGACGACGUGGACGUCGACGACGACGACGACGUUGCCCGUGCAGCGGCGGCAUUAGUUGAGCAAUUCGCGCGGCCCUUGCUGGCAGCGCAUCCUCGGGCCGCGAUGCCCACGCGCCGUGGCGCAGUCCUGGACCGUCCCCGGGUCCGCCAAGGAAGGCGCGCGCCUUGCGCCUCUCCUGCCCCGACGCCCUCGCGUCGCGGAGCAAAGAAUUUCCUCUGACGGCUCUUGACGAUUUAGGAUGGGCCGCGCUGCGCAGAAGAGGCGGCGUCCGACGCUUGCGUCCUCCUCGCCCUCCUGUCCCCCCUCCUUCUUGGCGACAGCGCGGCCCAUCGCCGAAAGCAGCGGCGUUCUGGCGGGCAGGCAGAAACCUGAAGGUUGUGUGAGGGGAGAGGGCGCAUGCGCAUUCAAUAUUUGUAUUCGUCGGCUUUCCCUGCAACGGCAGAGCAAAGACAAGCCAUGCGCGAAUCUGAUUUCUACUUUUGCUCGCAUUAAUUUUGCUCUCCGCUAUGCUUGUCAGACGGCCCUGCGCAAGAAUGCCUAUUGAUUAUUUCUCGAUGCGAGCGACGUUUUUUGGAGUUGCACCAUGCGCUGGCGCCUGGGAUUUGCCAGGCGGUCUGGUGCAGGCGUGCUUGUCACUGCUUUAUUGAUCACCGUUCGGGCCCUGCUCACGAAAAAGACAUGCUUACCCAUCCCGCA